GUCCGGCCCUCUGACGUAAUAUGGGCCGGAACUCUUCACGUCAGCUGCUCGGCUGUACUCUUUCAGAUCCAGAAAGCCGGGGACAGGGUCGGACACACGGAUACAGGACCAGCCGAACACCGGCAUCUUAAAGCCCUGUCUCUCUGCGAUUCAACGCGGUUUCUAAUCGACCUCAGCAACAAUAUGGCGGCCAACUAAUAUCAGGACAAGAUGACACAGAAGGACACUCUGCUCCAUCUCUUCGCCGGGGGGUGCAGUGGCACAGUGGGAGCCAUCGUCACCUGCCCACUGGAGGUGUUGAAGACACGGUUGCAGUCAUCUGGCCUCACCCUCCGGCCCGUUUUCCAAGUCCAGCUGGGGACCCUCAGUGGUGCAGGGGUUAUCAGACCCGGGACGGUUACACCUGGGCUGCUGCAGGUGCUCCGAUCAAUUCUUGAAAAAGAGGGGCCAAGUUCUCUUUUCCGUGGACUGGGGCCGAAUCUUGUGGGUGUUGCCCCUUCAAGAGCCAUUUACUUUGCUGCAUAUUCAAAAUCAAAGGAGAUGUUCAACGGGCUGUUUGUCCCCAACAGUGGACUAGUGCACAUGUCCUCAGCUGGUACUGCAGCUUUUGUUACCAAUUCUCUGAUGAACCCCAUCUGGAUGGUCAAGACAAGGAUGCAGCUGGAGAAAAAGGCCAGAGGAGAGAAGAAGAUGAAUGCGCUGCAGUGCGCGCGCUACGUUUACAGAACAGAGGGAAUCCGGGGUUUCUACCGCGGCCUGACCGCAUCCUACGCUGGCAUCUCAGAAACCAUGAUCUGCUUCCUCAUCUAUGAGACCCUGAAGAAGCACCUCGCCAAGAGCCGGUUCGCCUCCCCGAACGGAGACAACGAGAAAGGAGCAUCAGACUUCCUGCGGCUGAUGAUGGCAGCAGCUUUUUCCAAGGGAUGCGCGUCCUGCAUAGCUUAUCCUCAUGAGGUCAUCCGGACAAGGCUGCGAGAAGAAGGCAGCAAGUACAAAUACUUCUUCCAGACGGGGAGGUUAAUUGCUGUGGAGGAAGGCUACGCAGCUUUUUACAGAGGACUUGUUCCACAGCUAAUCAGGCAAAUCCCAAACACGGCCAUUGUCCUGUCCACCUAUGAACUCAUUGUCCACCUGCUGGGAGAUUCCAAGUGACGUGUUUGAAAGUCUGGACUUUCCUCACACACCAUGGAUUCCACGCUAAAACCCAAGACACACACACGGCGAGAGACCGAAGAAAAACGUAGCACAUGCAUACUUUCAAAGUGGUCUUUCACAGACUGUUGGGAUAAAAGCGUAGCAGCUUUCACUGUCAUCCAAAGAGUUGUACACAUUAUUUAAUUGAGAGCUUGUUAGGAGUUUAUCAACACGAGGCCUCGGCAUUGAAACUGCCUACCUGUGGAUGAAGGUCAUGGACUAGUUUUAAGUUAACUAAAUUAUUUUUGUUUUGUAAUUUUGAAGAUAUUUGUUUUAUGACUGUACCAUAAGUGAUGGCGUGGGCAGGUUGACUCGAUAUCAUCCAGAAGUUGUAAUACUAAUGCUGUUCUUCGCUUAGUAGUGGCAACAGUGGCUGCUAUUCUGUUUUACUGUUUGGAAUUGAUGUUUGAGCUGAAAAGAGAUUUAUCAUAUUUUUCCAUAAAUGCACAACUCUACAGAGGUA